AUGCAUCUCUCACCUCUCGUCCCCAUUUUCUCUCUAUAUGCAGCAGCAUCCUUGAGCAGUGCCGCCUCAGCGCCUGAGAACCAGCAAGCCUGCAUCACCACCCUACACUUCCCAGCGCCCUUCAAAGGCGUCAACGCCAAAACCGAAAUACACGAACCAAUCUGCGUGACGGAGCCAAUAGUCAAGUAACUCAAGGAACUAGGCGUCGACCCUACCAAGCCUCUAGAUCACGACCUCGGACCCAUCGUGCCACACCCAGAAUCCCAUCCCUCGCUUGAGCGCCGUGCCUUGAGUUUUGGAUGCGAGGUAUGCGUCAGUAACUGUGCGGCUACCGCUGGUGGUCUGCAUCCGCGCUUUUGGUGCUUUUUUCAAUGCGUGGUAGAUCCUGGCUCGCGUUGUAUCUCUGGCGUGGAUAGUUUGUAAACGGAGGAGGCGGAUCGUUUGCAUGGGAUCGACAGUUGGAGGUUUGCAGAAACCUGGGGUUCUCCCUUUCCUAUGGUUUGUCUACUCAAGCUGGGAAUACUUCUGAAUAUGUGGCUCCUCCUCCUAUUGGAUUAGAUCGCUGCCAUCUUAUCUUGUGUUAUGUGGAGUGCUUUUUUUUCAACGUCUUCUUCUGCCCCCUUUUCCCCGAAGUCGACUAUCGUCACUACUCAAUUCCAAACUUUGAGUUAGAUAGAGGUAUGUGUUUUCAUAGUCCCUUGGUCCUAUUUAUCUCCUCUCUUUUUCCAUGUUUUGCGGUUAUGGUAAACAGUGGUUCAAUAAUAAAAGUGCGAUUGGAGAUCGUCAAGCAAACAGUAGUGAACUGU